AGAUUUUAACCGCCUGAUAGAUGUCUGCGGUGAGGUGGUGGCACAAACAAAAUGUCGAAUCGUGUCAUACUGGAUAAUGGGUUUCUAUCCCGUACUUAACGCUUGUCACUCUACCACUGCUAAAGUGGUUCUGAAAUCUUCGGAACCUAAACCAAAGCACCUAGGUGGAGGAUACAAUAGUCUUAUGGACUGGUUAGGGGACGGCCUUCUUCUCAGUGAAGGUAAGAAAUGGGAGCGAAAUCGACGCUUAUUGACACCAGCAUUCCAUUUCGAUGUACUCAAACCCUAUGUUGGAAUCUACAACAAAGUUUUCGACAUAUUCCUGGAAAAGUUGGAGAGGGCAACAUCCGGCGGAAAAAGUGUGGAGAUAUAUGACUUAGUUGGACUGGCCACAAUGGAUACAAUGAUGCGGUGUUCUGUUUCAUACCAAGGGGAAAUUCAGCAUGAAGGGCAGCAGUGGGCCAUGGAUACCAUCCUUGUUGUGAUUGGAACCCUGCUAGCGGCCAUAUGUCUGAAGAAAGUGUUUGGUGUGAUACAGAAAUACAGAGUGAAUAUUAACUUAUAUUACGAGAAGAAAAUACAACCGAUCGGGAAGUUCCAUCCAAUAUGGGGACAUCUUUACCUGUUUUCAGAUUUUAACCGCCUGAUAGAUGUCUGCGGUGAGGUGGUGGCACAAACAAAAUGUCGAAUCGUGUCUUAUUGGAUAAUGGGUUUCUAUCCCGUACUUAACGCUUGUCACUCUACCACUGCUAAAAUGGUUCUGAAAUCUUCGGAACCUAAACCAAAGCACCUAGGUGGAGGAUACAAUAGUCUUAUGGACUGGUUAGGGGAGGGCCUUCUUCUCAGUGAAGGUAAGAAAUGGGAGCGAAAUCGACGCUUAUUGACACCAGCAUUCCAUUUCGAUGUACUCAAACCCUAUGUUGGCAUCUACAACAAAGUUUUCGACAUAUUCCUGGAAAAGUUGGAGAGGGCAACAUCUGGCGGGAAAAGUGUGGAGAUAUAUGACUUAGUUGGACUGGCCACACUGGAUACAAUGAUGCGGUGUUCUGUUUCAUACCAAGGGGAAAUUCAGCAUGAAGGACCACCAGCAACAAAAAUGAACAUCUUCUUUGUCGCCAUUGGGUCUAUACUGGCGAUCUUUUGCAUAUGGAAAUUAGUAGCAGUUCUACGUAGAUACAAAGUGAAUAUAGACUUGUAUUGUCAGAAGAACAUCCUACCCAUUGGAAAGUUUCACCCAAUAUGGGGACAUCUGAAUCAGUUUUCAGAUUUUGACGACCUCAUCGACAUCAGCUUUAAAUUGGUAAGGCAAACAGGCAGUAGAAUUCUAUCUCACUGGAUAAUGUGUUUCUUUCCUGUCAUUUCUGUUUGUCAUUCAGAGACAGCUAAACAGAUCUUAAAGUCUUCUGAACCGAAACCCAAGCAAGUCGGCGGGGGUUACUUCACUCUAAAAGACUGGAUAGGUGAUGGAUUACUUAUGAGUGACGGUAAGAAGUGGGAGAGAAAUCGACGACUGCUGACACCAGCGUUCCACUUUGACGUAUUGAAACCCUAUGUUGGGGUCUUUAACAACGUCUGCGAUACGUUUCUGGAAAAUGCUGAACGUGCGACCUCUUGCGGCAGGAGUGUGGAGAUGUAUGGCUUGGUAGGACUAGCAACUCUCGAUUCUAUACUACGCUGUUCUGUUUCAUACUAUGGGAAGAUUCAGGAGCAGGGUUUGAAACACCCGUAUGCCAACGCUGUGCAACGACUUACCUUGUUAUCCCAGGAGAGAUUAAUGUCGCCAUUGUUGUGGUUUACAUUACCGUUUUAUCUAUCACCGAGUGGAAGGGAGUUCGCAAGGCUCUCCAAGUACGUACAUGAAUUCGACGAAAAUAUCAUCAACGAAAGGAGGAAACUAUUGGCAGCCGACCCAUCGAUUCUGAAAAAGCGCCGCCUUGAUUUUCUGGACAUCAUGCUGACUGCCAAAGACGAGAAGGGCACUGGCUUGACUGAUCGUGAGAUCAGAGAUGAAGUUGAUACUUUCAUAUUUGAGGGACAAGAAACACCCAAUUCUGCUGUAAGUUGGGCAAUAUACGCACUCGCGAAAUACCCCGAGGAACAACAGAAGGUGUACGAGGAGGUGAGGAGAGUCCUGGGAGACAGACAGACCGUAGAAUGGAAUGACAUCAAAGAGUUUAAUCGACUUUCGCUGUUCAUUAAAGAAACAUUGAGAAUGUUUCCGCCAGUACCCUUCAUUGUACGGUGUACUACCAAUGAAAUGGAAAUCGACGGAGUGACAAUACCGACUAACACCGAGAUUAACGUCAUGAUAUACGUCAUGAAUCAUCUGGCGGACGUCUGGGACCAACCAAUGGAGUUCCGACCUGACCGUUUUGCUGGAGAAUCAGAUCGGGAUCCCUACAGUUAUGUUCCUUUUGCCGCGGGGCCAAGAAACUGCAUUGGCCAACAUUUUGCUUUGAGCGAAGUGAAAGUCAUGCUUGCAAGAUUAGUUCAACGUCUUGUGUACAAUUUCAUUACGCAGCUACAGUAUCAGGCAUCAACUUCAUUAAAGUAUUCAAAGUUUCUAGCAUUGGGUGACGAAGGUCACAAAACACACAUUGUCAAAGACCAUUGCCACUGCAGUGAAGAACCACAAUAUAGGGAAUGUCUCCGACUGCUAACACAUUUCUUACAAAAUGCUCUAACUCCCUCCAACGUAGGCCACCUUUCCCUUGCCACCACACACUGGCAUGGGAUAGCGGCUCAAACCAAGAUGGUCUGCACCCACAAAACUCCUUGCGUGAAGAUAGGCUCCCUUAUACGCUUCCUGACAUUUGGAAGUCUUAAACUGACAGUCAACUCCAUCAGUUAA